UUCCCCCCUAAUCUCCGCCACGGCGGCGCUUCCCUGGCCGAGCCAUGUCUGCGGCUUCCCCGCCAUGCCGAGCCUAGCGGGGAGCGGGAGGACUGGCGGCCGGGAGGCGCACAAAAUGAAGACCCUGAUGCGCCACGGGCUGGCCGUCUGCCUGGCGCUCACCACCAUGUGCACCAGCUUGUUGCUCAUGUACGGCGGCAUCGGCAUCGGCGGGGGCCACCCGGAGCCGCGGCGGCGGCAGCAGCAGGUGGCGGCGGUGCCCAGCCGCCCGCCGGAACGCGGCCAGCGCCACCCGGCUCUGCCCGUCGGGGCCGGCCUCCUGGAGGGCUACAUCAGCGUCCUGGAGCACAAGCCGCUGAAGAUGCACUGCAAGAGCUGCGCGCUGGUCACCAGCUCCGGGCACCUCCUGGGCAGCCGGCAGGGGCACAGGAUCGACGAGAGCGAGUGCGUCAUCCGCAUGAACGACGCGCCCACGCGCGGCUACGGCAAAGACGUCGGCAACAAAACCAGCCUGCGAGUCAUCGCGCACUCCAGCAUCCAGAGGAUUCUGCGGAAUCGCAACGAACUCCUAAAUAUGAGCCAUGGUGCCGUGUUCAUCUUCUGGGGCCCCAGCAGCUACAUGAGGAGAGAUGGCAAAGGCUUGGUGUACAAUAACCUGCAGCUGAUGAACCAGAUACUGCCUCAGCUAAAAGUGUAUAUGAUUUCUCGCCACAAGAUGCUUCAAUUUGAUGACCUUUUUAAACGGGAGACUGGAAAAGACAGGAAGAUAUCCAACACUUGGCUUAGCACGGGCUGGUUCACAAUGACUAUCGCAUUAGAGCUCUGUGACAGGAUAAAUGUUUAUGGCAUGGUGCCACCGGAUUUCUGCAGGGAUCCUAAUCAUCUUUCAGUACCUUAUCACUACUAUGAACCUCUGGGGCCAGACGAGUGCACAAUGUACAUUUCCCACGAGCGGGGCCGCAAGGGCAGCCACCACCGCUUCAUCACCGAGAAGCGCGUCUUCGAGAACUGGGCACGGACAUUCGACAUCCGCUUCUUCCAGCCAGACUGGAAACCAGACCCGCUCCCUGCAACCCACCCCGGGGCCAGGCCGCUGGCCUGAGGCACGGACACACAGCCCAGCCACGGGCACCUCCCGCGGCAGCAGCCUUGGGAGCUUCGGGCCAGCACGGCAGCCUGGAGGAGAAGGGUCCAGGGUGUGCAGCUGGCAGCCGCAGCAGCAGGCAGGAGCUGGC